GUAUACAAGAAAUCUUGUGGACAAUGGAAAUGGGAAGUUCAACUUGAUGAUAUUGUGCUGGGGUGAAGGGCAUGGCAGCAGCAUCCAUGAUCACACUGACUCACACUGCUUUAUGAAGAUCCUCCAGGGAAAUCUAAAGGAGACACUGUUUGAAUGGCCUGAGAAAAAAGGGAAUGGUGAAAUGACUAAGAAAUCAGAACGAGUUUUGAGGGAAAAUCAGUGUGCCUACAUUAAUGACUCCAUUGGCCUGCACCGUGUGGAGAACAUAAGCCACACUGAAUCUGCUGUUAGCCUGCAUUUGUACAGCCCGCCCUUCGACAGCUGUAACACCUUUGAUCAGAGGACUGGACACAAGCACAAAGUCAAAAUGACUUUCUACAGCCAGUUUGGAGAAAGAACUGUCUGUGCAACAGCAGUGCCACAGGAGAACAACUGAGAAGCACCAGCACGUGUUUGCGUAAGACCUACUGAAUGUUUAACCAGGGACAGAAGACUUGCAUGUCUAAGGCCGACAGCCAGCUAUAUUUCUACACUUUGUACAUAGGAGUAUACUAGGGCAGCUUCCAGGCUACCCGCAGUUCUCCUGAGCGAAUGCUGAUUAUGGGACAUUAAGCUAACUAGUGCCAUAAACUACUUCAGAGGUUAGAUGCCUUUUCUUAGGCUCCUGUCAGAAUUAAGUAGUUUGUUUUCUGAUUCUAGCCUCCUUUUAAUUCCACUUCUAAUACCACUCUGACAAUUCAGAAAUAAGGUUUUUAAACAUCAUCUGACACUACUUAAUAGUCCUGUGUGUAUGUAUGCUCUCCAUGUAAUUAGUAACUACUAUAAACUUCUAAGCUUCCAGUCACUUGUACCUAUGGGUAGUACACUAGAUACAGCUAGCAGCAGCUUUUGUUUGUUUGUUUGUUUUAAUUAAGACUUUUAGGUUUUAAUGCUCUAGACCAUUUUGAUAGUUUCAUGCAUUUUUUACUUCUUGUUUUUUACAAUUUCAUUUGUCAGAUCUUGUGUUAAAUAGGAGCAGUGCAAUGCUUCAUGCACAAUGAUUUUCAAAACUGAUUGGGCAGAGAUUUGGGUUUUUAAUAAGACUAAUCAUACUUAAUUCAGCUAAUGUCCAGUUUCCAAAGUAUUCUGUAUACCUACUGAAGAAGGUAACUGAAAUAAAACUGGAUUUGUGCACAUUU